GUUUUACAAAUUGGUACAGGAGUGCUGAUCUCGCGUAUUUCAAGUAGUCCCAUGCAUAAUGUAAUAGGUCUAAGACGAAAAAUACAGUUGCCGGACUAGUCAUUGUUUUCUCGAAUUCGUAGUAGCUAGGUUGUAUAGGUACUUACUAUCUGUUUAAGACAAGUAAGCUCUCGAGUAAUAAUUCAACAAUGUUUUUAUUAGGAAAGAUGAAUACAAGUGGAUAUUACCGUAGUUUUCGGACAAUAUACCCAUUUGUAAGGGAAGCAUCUACAUCAAAAAAAUUAAUUCUAUACGGCGACGAAAUUUCUCCACCAGUACGAUUUGUGAUGAUGACAGCUUCGAUGUUGAAUAUCGAUUACACUUUUCAUAAAAUCGAUCUUUUUAAAUCAGAAAAUAAAUCAGAUUUUUAUAAAAAGAUUAAUCCUCUACAAAAAGUUCCAGCUUUGUCGGUAGAUGGAGAAAUAAUUUGCGAUAGCCAUGCUAUUGCUUUAUAUCUUUGCCGUCUUAGCAAGUAUCAGAAAUUAUAUCCGUCGGAUGAUUUGAUGAAAGCUGCAGUGGAUCGGAUGCUAUAUUUCAACGCCACAAAUUUAUUUCCUAUAGAUAGUUUUAUAUUUACAGAAUAUUUCGCUGGAAAAAAGUCCAUAAGUAAUGAAAAAGUUAUAGAGUGGCACUCUUCGCUGAUAUAUAUUGAUGACAAACUCAAUAAGCAUCGAUGGUUGGCCGGAGAAGAGAUGUGGCUUUGUGAUAUCUGUUGUGGAGCGACGAUUAGUUCAUUAGAACUAUUAAUACCAGGGGUUGAAAAAUAUGUUGCACUUCAAUCAUGGAUGCAAAGAUUGCAAAAACUUCCUUGUUUCAAAAUUAAUUACAGUGGUUUGAUGAAACUAAACAACUAUGUCAAAUUGAUUGAUUCCUAAUAAAGUUGUUACAAAAAACUGAA